AGGUUUGGGCGUCGGAUCUGUGUGCCGCCUCUGUCCCUUCCUUCCUGAGCCCGUGUGGCCUUGGGGUGACAACCACCGCUGUCACCUGUUACAGAGUUGCGGUGCCUCCAAGCAGGCUGGUUGCAUACAAUAUCAUUCGGUUGUGAACUGCCCAGUGCUCAAGUCUCAGAUGUCCUCCUUCCUCAGGCCUAUCCCAUGGCUGGAAGUUAUGGCGUGAUGGGUGAUGAUUCUAUUGAUUACACGGUCCAUGAAGCGUGGAACGAAGCCACCAAUGUAUACUUGAUAGUGAUCCUUGUUAGCUUUGGUCUCUUCAUGUACGCCAAGAGGAAUAAAAGGAAAAUUAUGAGAAUAUUUAGCGUGCCACCUUCAGAAGAAACCUUGUCAGAGCCCAAUUUUUAUGACACAAUGAGCAAAAUUCGCUUAAGACAACAGCUGGAAAUGCAUUCCAUUUCAAGAAAGUAUGAGUAUCAACAGCCACAAAGCCAAGCUGACAGUGUGCAGCUCUCGUUGGAGUGAAACUUCAGACUGAGCAACGGACGUGAUCGUGAGGCAGCAUGGCACCAAGUUCCAAAUUCCCUCCCCUAAUCAUGAGCGGCAUUCAGAACACUUGUCAGAUAAAGUCAUCCCCACCCCCACCCCGCCUCGGCUCUCUUUCCCUGCUUCCUCUAGGACUCUCUGCUGAGGUACAAAACGCUUAGAAGGAAGACACUUGUAACUAGGAAUGGGGACUCUCCCUUCUGAGGACCUGUGAUGUCUUCAGGAUACAGCGAAAAGUACAAACAUGUCUUCGGAAGCAAAAAUCCUGGAGUUAACGUCACUUGGGUUAGAAUGUUUUCCCAGCGUGAAAUCCUAGCUGCCGAGGUGGUUUGCUCUUUGGUUGUGGUCCGUGCUGAUGAGUUAACAUCAGUAGCAGACUGAUCUGUGUUACUGACUCUGGGCCCGUGAUCUCGGCUUCACGACCUGGGUGACACCCCUGAACUCGCGCUCUCUUCUCCGCCGUGAAGCACAGCCCAUCUGCUGGUUCUUGAUGCUUUCUGUACCGAAUUUGCCUCCCUUUGGUUGUAAUCCCCAGACUUGUCGUGUUGUUUCUGAUCCAUGCUUUCUUUGCCCCCACGGGCUCUGUGAGGCCCUGCUGUAACACAGAGCCAUGUCUGUCCUGCCGUUGGCAACUCCAUCACUGUUGAAUGUUACUGUCUGGGGCCCUCUGCUUCUUAAAGUUUUGUUGACACCCAG